CUCGCCCCGCGGCGGUGCCGCUGUGCCGGGGCGCGCGUCCCGCCCGCUGCCGCCCGCCCGCCGCCCCUUGGCGCAGCAGAGGAGGAGCGGGUGGCGAUGAAGCCUUCGGCUUCCCUGAACCGCUGAGAGGCCUCGGGAGGAGACCCGUGUACUUAAAAAAGACACUCCAAUGCAAAGUGAAACAGCCAUGUCUGGAGAAGUGCGCCUGAAGCAGCUGGAGCAGUUUAUUUUGGAUGGGCCGACUCAAAGCAACGGGCAGUGCUUCAGCGUGGAGACCUUGCUGGAUAUCCUCAUCUGCCUGUACGAUGAGUGUAAUAAUUCCCCUCUGAGAAGAGAGAAGAAUAUCCUCGAGUAUCUGGAAUGGGCAAAACCGUUUACAUCUAAAGUGAAACAGAUGCGACUACAUAAAGAAGACUUUGAGAUCCUGAAGGUGAUUGGUCGAGGAGCCUUUGGUGAGGUUGCAGUAGUAAAACUGAAAAAUGCAGAUAAGGUUUUUGCCAUGAAGAUACUUAAUAAGUGGGAGAUGCUGAAGAGAGCUGAAACAGCAUGUUUUCGAGAAGAGAGAGAUGUAUUAGUGAAUGGAGAUAACCAGUGGAUCACAACGUUACAUUAUGCAUUCCAGGAUGAAAACUAUUUAUACCUGGUUAUGGAUUACUAUGUUGGAGGAGACCUGCUUACAUUGCUCAGCAAGUUUGAGGACAGACUACCUGAAGAUAUGGCUCGUUUCUAUUUGGCUGAAAUGGUGAUAGCUAUUGAUUCUGUUCAUCAGCUGCAUUAUGUCCACAGGGAUAUUAAACCAGACAACAUUUUGAUGGAUAUGAAUGGACAUAUUCGAUUAGCAGAUUUUGGUUCUUGUCUGAAACUUAUGGAAGAUGGAACGGUCCAAUCUUCAGUGGCAGUUGGAACGCCAGACUACAUCUCUCCAGAAAUCUUACAGGCCAUGGAAGAUGGAAAAGGGAAGUAUGGGCCUGAGUGUGACUGGUGGUCCCUGGGCGUUUGCAUGUAUGAAAUGCUUUAUGGAGAAACACCCUUUUAUGCUGAGUCCUUGGUGGAGACCUAUGGGAAAAUAAUGAACCACAAAGAGAGGUUUCAGUUUCCUGCUCAAGUGACAGAUGUCUCUGAAAGUGCAAAGGACCUCAUCCGAAGGCUCAUUUGUAGCAGAGAACAUCGACUUGGACAAAAUGGGAUAGAAGACUUUAAGAACCAUCCAUUUUUUGCUGGGAUUGAUUGGGACAACAUUAAAAACUGUGACGCACCUUACAUCCCAGAAGUCAGCAGCCCCACUGAUACAUCAAACUUUGAUGUGGAUGAUGAUUGCUUAAAAAAUUCUGAGACAAUGCCUCCACCAUCACACACUGCAUUUUCUGGCCAUCAUUUACCAUUUGUGGGUUUCACAUAUACGAGUAGCUGUGUGCUUUCAGACCGCAGCUGUCUCAGACUGACAGCUGGACCACCCUCCAUGGAUCUUGAUGCGAGUAUUCAAAGAACUCUGGAGGACAGUUUAGCAACAGAAGCUUAUGAGAGGAGAAUAAGACGUCUAGAACAGGAAAAGCUUGAACUUAGUAGAAAACUGCAAGAGUCCACCCAGACAGUCCAGGCUCUGCAGUAUUCAACAGUGGAUGGCCCAAUUACAGCAAGCAAAGAUUUAGAAAUUAAAAGCUUAAAAGAAGAAAUUGAAAAGUUGAAGAAACAGGUAACAGAUUCUGAUCAGCUAGAACAGCAACUUGAAGAGGCCAGCACUGCAAGGCGGGAAUUGGAUGAUGCUUCCAGACAAAUAAAGGCUUUUGAGAAACAAGUCAGAACACUGAAGCAAGAGAGGGAAGAUCUUAAUAAGGAACUGGCAGAGUCUAGUGACAGAUUAAAAUCCCAAGCCAAAGAGUUGAAAGAUGCACACAGCCAGCGGAAAUUGGCAAUGCAGGAGUUCUCAGAGAUGAACGAGCGGCUGACAGACUUGCACUCUCAAAAACAAAAGCUUGCCCGCCAGCUCCGAGAUAAGGAGGAAGAAAUGGAAGUGGUGAUGCAAAAAGUAGAAAGUUUAAGGCAAGAGUUACGCAGAACAGAGAGACUUAAAAAAGAACUGGAAGUCCAAGCUGAAGCUGCAGCUGCUGAAGCAUCCAAAGACAGGAAAUUGCGAGAGAAGAGUGAGCAGUACUCUAAAGAGUUGGAAAGUGAAGUAGAAGGGCUAAAGCAAAAACAGGUUGGUCGCUCACCUGCUGUAAGCUAUAUAGAAUACCAGCAAGAGAUCACUAAAUUAAAGGCAGACCUAGAAAAGAAAAGUGUUUUCUAUGAAGAAGAACUAUCUAAACGUGAAAUAAUGCAUGCUAAUGAGAUAAAAAGUCUGAAGAAAGAAUUACGGGAUGCAGAGAGCCAGCAGCUUGCCCUCAAGAAGGAGAUCAUGAUUUUGAAAGACAAGUUAGAGAAAACCAGAAGAGAAAACCAAAGUGAAAGAGAGGAAUUUGAAACAGAGUUCAAACAGAAGUAUGAAAGAGAAAAGAUCCUUCUAACAGAGGAAAACAAAAAACUUUCAAAUGAACUUGAUAAACUCACCACCAUGUUUGAGAGGCUGAGUAUGAAUAACCGGCAGCUAGAAGAAGAGAUGAGAGACCUGGCUGAUAAAAAGGAGUCUGUGGCCCACUGGGAGGCCCAAAUUACUGAGAUCAUCCAAUGGGUAAGUGAUGAAAAAGAUGCUCGAGGUUAUCUUCAAGCCUUGGCCUCUAAAAUGACAGAAGAACUAGAGGCCCUGAGGAACUCCAGUUUGGGUGCAAGAGCUACAGAUAUGCCCUGGAAGAUGCGCCGCUUUGCAAAGCUAGAUAUGUCUGCAAGGUUGGAACUACAGUCGGCUCUUGAUGCUGAAAUCCGAGCCAAACAGGCUAUUCAGGAUGAGUUGAAUAAAGUCAAAGCUUCCUGUAUCUCUACAGAGUGUAAAUUGCAAGAAUCUGAGAAGAAGAACUUGGAACUGUUGACAGAUAUUGAAAGGCUGAAAAAGGAGACAGAAGAGCUUAGAUCAGAAAAGGGUGUAAAGCACCAAGACUCACAGAAUUCUUUCUUGGCAUUUUUGAAUGCGCCUACCUCUGCUCUGGAUCAAUUUGAAAUUGAUUCAGUUGAGAAUUUUACAUUGUCUAAUACACCAUCACGGGAUGAAGAUACCAAGUCUCACCUCCAUUCAAGAUCAAGGUCUCCUUCUACAGCAAGCGAAACUGAACCCAUAGAGGUUAUGGAUCAUCCUCCCCGUUCAAUUCACACGCCAACCAUGAAGACAGCAUAUAUUGGAUCAGGACUUUCUGCACUAAAGCCUAAAGCACAUCAGUUUGUAGUGAAAUCAUUUAAUACCCCAACAAAAUGCAAUCAAUGCACAUCUCUGAUGGUUGGUUUAAUAAGACAGGGCUGCACUUGUGAAGUAUGUGGAUUCUCCUGCCACGUGACCUGUGCAGACAAGGCCCCUGCAGUAUGUCCAAUCCCUCCUGAACAGACUAAGGGCCCUUUGGGAAUAGAUCCACAGAAAGGUAUAGGAACAGCUUACGAAGGACAUGUCCGAGUACCCAAACCAGCUGGAGUAAAGAAAGGUUGGCAGAGAGCGCUGGCAGUGAUCUGUGAUUUUAAACUCUUCCUGUAUGAUAUAGCAGAAGGAAAAGCAUCCCAGCCCAGUGUGAUAGUGAGUCAAGUCAUAGACAUGAGGGAUGAAGAAUUCUCAGUGAGUUCUGUCCUGGCUUCAGAUGUCAUCCACGCAAAUCGAAAAGAUAUCCCCUGUAUCUUUCGAGUCACAGCUUCCCAGCUCUCUGCAUCCAGUAAUAAGUGUUCAAUCCUGAUUCUAGCAGACGGUGAGAAUGAAAAAAGCAAAUGGGUAGGAGUGCUCAAUGAAUUGCAUAGGAUUUUGAAGAAGAACAAACUCAAAGACCGCUCAGUCUAUGUUCCCAAAGAAGCGUAUGAUAGCACCUUACCCCUCAUCAAAACAACACAGUCAGCAGCAAUCAUAGACCAUGAAAGAAUAGCACUGGGGAAUGAAGAAGGGUUAUUUGUUGUGCAUGUCACCAAAGAUGAGAUUAUCCGUGUUGGUGACAAUAAGAAGGUUCAUCAGAUUGAGCUUAUCCCAAAUGAACAGCUCAUUGCAGUAAUCUCAGGACGAAACCGUCAUGUGCGGCUUUUCCCCAUGGCAGCGCUGGAUGGAAGAGAGACUGAGUUUUAUAAGUUGGCAGAAACAAAAGGCUGCCAGUCAAUAGUUUCUGGACACGUACGCCAUGGAGCCUUUACAUGCUUGUGUGUAGCUAUGAAAAGGCAGGUCCUCUGUUAUGAACUAAAUCAGAGUAAGACACGCCACAAAAAGAUCAAGGAGAUCCAAGUUCAGGGGAAUGUCCAGUGGAUGUCAGUCUUCAGUGACCGUCUUUGUGUAGGCUACCAGUCAGGUUUCUUAAAAUAUCCCCUUCAUGGAGAAGGCAGCCCAUACAGUCUGCUCCAUCCAGAUGACCACACACUAUCAUUUAUCUCACAGCAGCCAACUGAUGCCAUCUGUGCAGUCGAAAUCUCAAAUAAAGAAUACCUGCUGUGUUUUAGCAGCGUAGGGGUUUAUGUUGAUUGCCAGGGCCGAAGGUCUAGACAACAAGAAUUGAUGUGGCCUGCGACUCCAUCAUCUUGCUGUUACAAUGCACCAUACCUCUCUGUGUAUAGUGAAAAUGCAAUUGAUGUCUUUGACGUGAAUUCCAUGGAGUGGAUUCAGACUAUUCCUCUCAAAAAGGUACGACCCUUGAAUGCAGAAGGAUCGCUCAACCUUUUAGGAUUGGAAACAAUUAGGUUAAUAUAUUUCAAAAACAAAAUGGCAGAGGGCGAUGAGCUGGUAGUUCCUGAGACAUCAGAUAACAGCCGGAAGCAAAUGGUUCGAAAUAUCAACAACAAGCGCCGCUAUUCAUUCAGAGUACCAGAGGAGGAGAGGAUGCAGCAGAGGAGGGAGAUGCUACGCGAUCCAGAAAUGAGAAAUAAAUUAAUUUCUAACCCAACUAAUUUUAACCACAUAGCACAUAUGGGUCCAGGUGAUGGUAUACAAAUUCUCAAAGACCUUCCAAUGAAUCUUCGGCCUCAGGAAAGUCGGACUGUGUUCAGUGGCUCCGUCAGUAUCCCAUCGAUCACGAAGUCCCGCACAGAACCAGGACGAUCAAUGAGCGCAAGCAGCGGGUUAGCAGCAAGAUCAUCUGCACAGAAUGGCAGUGCGUUGCGGAGGGAAUUCUCAGGAGGUAGCUAUGGAGCAAAGCGUCAGCCGAUGGCAUCGCCCUCAGACGGCUCGUUGUCCUCUGGUGGCCUGGACCAAGGCAGUGAUGCACCAACAAGGGACUACGAGCGAGAGGACUCUGACUCUCCAAGACACUCUACUGCGUCGAACAGCUCCAACCUCAGCAGCCCUCCCAGUCCAGUUUCUCCUCACAAGACCAAGAGCCUCUCCCUGGAGAGCUCUGACCAUGUGAGCUGGGACUCAUGAACUGCUUCAGCUUUCAGAUUCGACAUCACAGCAGCUUGCUGUCCCCUUCACCUGUUCCAGUUCCCACCUUCAUCAUCUUAACCCUCCACAUCGCCCAUCUCAGUGAUCUGGGAGUGGGCUAGAGAGGCUGGUCGUCUUCAGCACCGUUCAGCACUGCCUCACCCUCUCUUCCCCAGAUUUGACAGCAGCAAAUGAGCAAAGCUAGGGUGUUGGUAAAUACCAGAUGCUGUUAGAUUUGUAUUAGUAUUUGUUUCAUUUUUGUGGUUACAGCUGCUUUAAAGACAUAUUUAUCCCACCCCCCAAUUCCCUCAAAAGUAGUUUAAAUAGACCAGACCAGUGUCAACAGGAGAAAAUGUAGAGGGAUUUUUUUUCAUGCAAUAGCUUGUUGUACUGUACAAAAGUAGCACAGAGACCCCUUCCCCUGCAUGGGGAACGAUCAGUAUGUCAGAGGCACAUAAAAGCUUUCAGCCACCACAUUUGAAUGUCAGUCUGAUUGUUGCCAGCAAAUCCUUAUUGAUUAAGAUGAUGCAUAUUUUACUACCGUACAGAGUUUAAAUAAAUACACAGAUGUUAGAGUAAAAUAUGUAUGUAUAUAUUUAAAAAAACAAACAAAAAAAAAAACAAAAAAAAUUGUGUAUGCAGCAGAAGAUGGAUGCUUAUUUAAGAGAGCCUUUAAUUUAAGAUUUGUGUUGUCCCUGUUUUCAUGCUUGGUGAUAUACAGACUUGCAGGCCUGGCCUAAAACCUUUUGCAGGACAGAUACUCAUUUACUCAUUUUGCGUACCAUUUGCUGCACUGCCAGGAGUCCCUGCAGUACUUUCACAUUUCUUUACUUCUGGCAGUAGUAUAGCUGAGGCUGUAAUUCCCGCUUUCAUGUUACUCCUCUUCCUUUGUAAAAAUGACAAUGAUUGGAAAGCAACCCCUGCCCUGAAAACCAAGGGCACCAGUCAGCCACGCGGCUGCCCUGGUUUCUUUUGUGCUAGCUGUGCAGCUGAGAUACCUUACGGCAUGCUAUGGUAGAGGUCCUUACAGCAGCAAGGGAGCUCAGUGCCACAGGAUUCAGCAGGAAAACUGCUUCCCUGGGUCAGCCUUUGGCCAGGUUUAACUAGGAAGGGAGCAGCCUUCCACAUCCCUUUCAUCAUCCCUAAACAGAAAACUGUUACCGUUGUUACCAAAUACUAGUUUAUAAUACACCAACCAAAUGAGUGCUCUUAUCCUGAAGCUAGCCCUCGCUGGCUGUGCUGUCACUGUAGCAAUGAAGAACCUUGAAGACUGACCUCAUACUGUUCACACUGUGGUCAUCGAAGAUGCCUAGUCACCCACAACUGCCAUGCUGGCAAGGUUGGUUUUCCUCUCCCGUGCUGUGGGUUUGUGCAAUUUGCAGUUGUUUCUGUGUGCUCACCUGCUGUUUGGUUCCAGUAGCAGUUCAGGAGGCCAGAAGGUAUUGCAGUGAAUGACAGAGCCCACUGCAGCUGCAGAAAUAAGUAAAAAGCUGAAGCUGGUCAUGCAGUCAACAGAAUAACGUGAGAGACCGAUGUACAAAUGUAUGGUAAGGGCAGAUGUUUCAUCUCUUCAGUUAGCAAGGCAGAUGUGUUUUUCAUUUGGGAGUGUUCAAACAAGCCUCUUUGCUCAGUAGUAUUGUUGCUGGUGUUAUACUAUUACCAUACUCAAACGUGUAAGGUUUUUUUGCAUUUAGAAUACUGUUUUUUUGGUGGGUUUCAGAAGCUUGCUAUGGCUCUUAAACCAUUACAUAUUCUUGCGGUCAGCAGUGGUAGAGUGUUUCACCCACAUAGAGAUGUUUGGAGUUUUCCAGUUUGUGUCUUCUGUAAUGGAAGUUAUAGGUAAGUUCAAACUGUGUACAGUAAUUUCCAGGUAUGAUCUCCAUGUGAAACAGGGAAUGAGACACAGAUCGUUGCCUGUACCAUUUUAUCAUGCUGGGUCUCCUAAGUAAGAUUUCUCUUUCACUCUGAAUCAAAAGGCUUGUCAAAGUUUAAGCUCAUUAAAUACUAUUUUGGGACAGGAAUUCAGUAUUAUUUUUGAAACCCUCAUAUCAAAAACCUGUCUCUUUCCCCGAUUUGGGAUUUUCAGAGUAGCAAGACGGUAGUGUGUGGUUUUUGGUUUUUUGUUUUGUUUUCACUUCAAAGCUACUACUUUUGCAAGCCUGACAUUUAAUAUUAAAAGCUUUGGCAAACAGUUAAGCACUUGACAUUAAUUCCUUCCAGAAGAGGUUCUGAGGGACAGAUAGGCAGGGCAUUAUUGGCAUUAUUGAACUCCACGUCUGCUUCUUUUUAAAGGCUGCAUAUUGCUUCAAGUAUAGCCACUCCUUUUUUCCCCCAAUCUCGUCCUGUUGGUGAAGCAUGGCCACACACUUUUCAAAGACUUUGCAGACUAGUUUUGUAUUUACUGUAUGUUGUAUUUAAAUAUUAAUGUUAUUUUGCUAUUCAGAGAAGGCAUUUAAACAGCAGUCAUUUAAGACAGAGCAGCCUGUGUGACAGGUCCCCUGGGAGAGGGUCACAGCAUCUUUUUUAUGCAUUUAUUUUUUUCAGUUGAGCUGAUGUUCUACAUGAAAAUGGAACCCAAAGAGCCACUACGCAGAACACAAUUAAAAUGCCUAAAAGUGCAUGUUUGCUAUGUUACAGCACCUGAAAGGUAUUGAUAGCCCAAACUGACAUUUUCAGGCAGAGCAGAGGUCAGCUGUGUUAGAACACUAAGAUCCACAGGACAAGAGCUCCACAGGCCUAUGCUGUUUGCACACCACAACUUUUAAGCUUUGGCGGUCUCCUUUAGGAUCACUAUAUUUAAUCAUUUGUUUGGUACUGUGUAUUUUUAUAUGCAUCUGUUAAAAAGAGAAACAGAAACUGUUCUCUCAGUUGAAACACAAAUGACCACAUCACUUACCUGAAAGGAGAAAGGGUGUCCUAGGACUUGAAUAGUUUUUAUACAUUUGGGGGCCAUUUGAUUAUACACAAUUUUAAACCACGCUCAUCUUUUUUGUUGUUAUGAACACUGAAAACAAAAGCAUACUGUAGCUGAGCUUUUUGAAUACUUAUUGGCUAGGAAAAGCAACUUGGUCAUUUGAACUGUUAAAGACUUUUGCCUGGUAUCUUAAAGACAGUUGUCUCUUAAGGCUUGAUGUCUCUUAAGGCUACUUUGCACUGUAGCAUUGUUUCAACUCCACAAGUAGAGGGCUGCAAUUUGUCCAGGGAGCUUAAAAAUCUCCCCCCUUUAUUUUUAACUGUAGCAUAUGUUCUGUGUACACAAUAUGUAUCUAGCUGUUUAUUUCUUUUUGGCUGAGACUGAAGGUAGCUUGCAUUUAUGACACUACUUAAACAUAUGGGUUGUUGGUUUUUUGUUGUUGUUUUUUCCUCUUUUAUUUUGGUGGCAACAGAAGAUCUGAAGAGUCAGGCAGCUACUAAGGACUCCAGGUUACAGAAUGAAAAAGGUUUGGUCAGUAGCUUUCCCCUGCACGUGCAUGGACAUAGGCAUGUGGCUUUCCACAUUUCAUGAACCCUAAAACAGGGUUAUAGUACUUUCUUCUCUGUUGUACCUGACCUGCAGAAAACAGCCAAUGGUGUCAAAAAACAUUCCUGUUUCUGAUGAAGUAGCUUCUUUUCCUCUGGUUAGUUGCUGUAGCUUGUUAUGAUGUACGUUUUUGUCCAUUUUAACAAGUUUCAAAACUAAAUCAAAAAUUGUCUUUGAUUUAAUUCUUAUAAAAUUAACAGCCAAGCAUGUUUUCCUCAUAUAUACAGCAGAGGGGAGGAAAGGGGUUUGUCAUACCAAAAAAAGAAAAGUCCACAAAGCAUAGUAUUUUUAUAGAAAGAGAGGUUAACCACACCUAACUGGCUCACAGAGUGUAUCAGCCUUUCAAAACACUUGAACUAUUAAGAGAAAAAGAUACUAGCAUCAGCCAGACCCUAAAUGACAGGACAAACAUGCUCUUGGGUAGUAGUUUCUUGUUCAAUUUUGUGUAUGUUGUGUAGCUUAAAUGAAUCCAUUAAGGGCAACGACCCCAUACCUCCUUAGCCUGAGAAUCAGCGGCACAUUCAGCUUCUGCGGUGUUACUUUGUUUCCUCAUAGGAGUCAGUUCCUUGGAGGAAAUGAGACAUUUUUUCUGUACUAACACAAACUGCACCCAGCUGCAUGCUCUGUGUUUAUGCUGUAUUUGAUAGAUGCCCUCAGAAACACGUCUACUACAGACUUUCCAUUCUAAAUUCAAACUUGACAUUGUCUUUCUCAAAUGCACAGGAAAAAAUAAGUAAGUUAUACUAAGCUGUGGCUGGAAAGAGUCUCAUCCACAAGGAAGAAAUCCACAAGCAAAUCAGUGUUGGUAUUUCAGAGCAAUUAUAUCUGCCUUUUUAUGUAUGACAGUUUCAUUUAUUUAAAAAACAUUGUUUAGGUUUUUCAUUGUAAUAUCAUUGUACAGUUUUGCAUGGCCUAGAUGUAAUCACUUUUGUGUUUUAGAGUAUAAAAGCUGACAAGUGUGCGUGCAGGGGAAAGAUUCUGCUUUUUUUUUUUUUUUUUUUUUGCCUCUUCUCACUAUUUUGUUUAAUGCCCUCAGUGUUGUAGGGGAAAUUGUAAGAGAUUCUUUGCUACAGAACAAUGAUGUAGAUUCUUUUGCACAGAAAUAUUUAAGGUGGAAAAGUCAACAAUGUAAAAAUGACUUACCACCACUAUUUUAUGUCGGUAACACACUUAAUAUUAACCUACUUUGAUGUACCGCAAUAAAACAGGGAACUGUUAGAAAUGCAGAUGGUUUGUCUUUUUUCCCCCCUCACAUCUCUCCAUGUUAAGGUUUGAGGAGGAAAUGCAAAGGGGAAUAAUUGCAUUCUAGAUGAUAAGACCAGCACAAGCACACACGGAAGAAAAGCAGUGGGUACACAAUUCUAUAUAGCUUUAGCAGCUUUCAGACAAAUUUAACAGAACCUUUUUAAAAAUUAAGUCAAGCCCCUUUAUGGUUUGGUAUAUUGAACUUCAACUACACUGCUUGUGACCACAUUCUCAGGUCAUUUGUUCCGUGUUGGUAUUUGUAGUCAUUGUUUCUGAGGUUCCUCCUUGAUUUAGUUAUGUGUCAAGUGUUUCAGCUGCCCUAACAUUGGAAGCUGGAUUCUUUCUUAUAUAUGUCUGGGCUACCUCCUCCAAGCUGCUUGUCAUGCGUCUUUAAAUGCAUUGCAGAAUACCUGCAAAGUUACUUUGAGUGUGUCCUGACCUGGUCUCACUUUCCACCAGCUCCUCCACAAGCCAUGAUAUUUUCUCCACAGCUGAGACUGUUCAUUGGGAUAUCUUCCUCUUCGUUUGUUGUUGUGUUGGUAAUAAGCUUAGCUUUGAUAACAGCUGUCAGUCAAUCCCUCCCUCCCCUCACUUCUACAGCAGGAAUACUGUGCUGUUGUUGGUCCUGCAUUGCAAGCUGUGCCACCC